CACGGCAGUGCUGCACGAGUAUUGCAUGCUAUGUUAGAUAAUUGUAGUCCAAGUCUUCUUCCAGUGCUCCAUGAGCUUGUGCAGGACCUACUUCCAGCAUUGGACCAUUCACAGAAUGAUGGAGCUAAACUGCUUUUUCCUGUGUUGAGUAGUCUUGUCAAGAGAUUAGGGAAGUGGUUCCCUCCACCAGAGAGUACUGAAGAGCUACCAUUGACUUUUAUGUCCGAGUCUCGGUUGCAUUGUGGGAACAUGGCACAUGAAAUUAAAGAGUUUCUACAGGGUCAUAUACAGCAAUAUCGGUUAGCAAGAGGAGAGAUGGAAGAAGGAGACAUUGAAGACCUUUUACCCCCACCAGACGAAGCCAAAGAAGAGGCAAAGCCACCACUGGCCAUGCAUAUGAAGAUUUCCAAAGAGGUGGCAGAGAAAUGUACCCACUUCUUGUCGCACAGUGAUCCACAGAUCCGAGUACAGGCCCUGGACACUUUGCGGCUAUCAUUACUACCCAUACAUUCUCAGGAAGAUGUGCUUCUGCCACUUGCACAUAAAAUCUGGCCAUGUCUAGUGAAAAGACUGUUACAGGAUGAACCGCUGGUCCUUUUGCGAGCCUUUCAGGUGUUAGUGUCUCUUGCUUCCUCAUGUAAAGACUUCCUGCAGCAACGUGUGUGCAAGGAUGCCCUUCCUGCCUUUUUG